AUGGAGGGUAUUACCAGGGAUUUGGAACGGGCGCAGCUGAGCAGCCAGGCACGGCCAACGAAAAGCAGUGGGGCAGUCAAACUGGUUCACACCCUGCUGUUCAAAUACCCAGAUGCUGACCUACUCGAGGAUGGGGUUCAGCCAUAUCUGGCCCCACCCACGAGCGCCGACAUCAGACGUGCGCCCAGCGAAGUGGCUUGCCAUGCUGAGCGACUCGGCACGCAGUUCUUUGCUUUCCUCUUCCUGCGACCUCAUUCGCCUUUCAACAUCUAUUACCCCCAACAGGGCGAAGGCAAGCAGCUCCGUGAGAGAAUCGAGCUCCUCCGCGGAAGGCCUGGUCGAUCGCAGCUCAACAUGGUCUCCUACCUGCGCGAAGAAUACGGAGGCAGCCACGUAUGGCAUCGCUUUCUUCUGACCAAUUUAGAAGACGAUCAUGCGCUAGAUUUACAGUUCGACCUCAGUGCUGCCCAGUACAGGCACAUUGUAAUGAACCGGGAUGCCGAGCAGGAAGAAUGGGUCGACAUCCUCGCCGAUCUUGUCAGUCGUGCUUCUGACCGCGCUUUCUUCGAAGUGCGCAAGAACUUGAUGAGUACGCAUAGCUUCGUGGCUAUGCAGGAGGCUGCGGAGUGGAACGAUGUCUGGGAGCGAUCUUUGCCGAAGCCGAUCAUAGAGCUGUUCUUAUCACGACUUCAGCAAGUCACCGAGGCGGACGCAGAGCGCUUGUUCGGCGCAGCAGACGGCCGAAUGGACCUGCAGCUACCAUGCGGUCACCAAAUCGGCAUACGGAAGAUCGAGAUCGCUGGACUGAUCGACCACGCAAUGCUCACGAAGAAACAGAGGGUCGAGGAAGUGGAUUCCUACAAGGCCCGCAACGCAAGCUGGGUCUGCCGUGACAAUGGACUGACAGCCAAUGGCGAGGUGGUCAAGUUCAAGCCCGGUCAGCUCAUCGAGGCACUUGAGAGUGCUCUGAACAGUUUCGAUGCUCCAGCUACAAUCACACCUGUACCCCUCAACCCAGUCCACUGGAGCGAAACCCGAGCGGUCAUGGCUCACUUGGAAACAAUCAUCGGGAACUCUGACGAUGUGUUGGAAAGCCGGCCAGCCGACCUGCUGUUCCAGCUCAUCGACACAGCAAAACAAGCAACGCGGGUUGAUCCCGACGAGAGGGGCCUCAAGCUCUCUGAGACAGUCGUACCGCCGGAGUACUCGAGCUUUGAGCGUCUUUGGUUCACUAGAGCGGUGAGCUUUCUUGCCCAGCGUCUCGAACUUGAGGAAACAACAGAAGACUGGGACGAGUUAGAGGAGCAGAUGGAGCUUUCAAAGACCAUGCUGGAGUUCGAGCUUAUGACUGUUGAUUGA